UGGUAGUGUUUUUUCGGUAUAAUUGCGCAAGCGAGCGCGGGGGACAGCAUGGCGCGAGGGAAGGCUUCUGUUCAUGCGCGGUCCUCGGCUCGAUCGGGCCGCCGCCGCCGCCGCGCCGCGGUCCGUGUGGCGGCCGGCUCGGAAAUGUUGAUGCUAAAUAAAACUGCUAGCUGGUUGGGACGAUGCCAUGCGUUCUAAUUUUCACGAAGGCACGGUCGCUCGUGGACGUGGUGGCCCGGGGUCUGCCGCGUCGUUGGAGGCGGAUGCGAUAGUCUUGCGAGGCUGUCCGGCUGUUACUUGUUCUCAUCUCCACGAAAGUCGCGAGAACGAGGAUCAGGGGAUCGAGGAAAAUCAAUCGGUAGGCCGUUUUUUUCUGAUCGCGAACGAGGAUCGGGUUGCGGUUGAUCGUAAACCAGUGCUAGCUCUGUCAGAGUUUCUUCCAUGCGAACGCUCCGGUGACAUGGCUUCCGCCCUUCUGGGCAAGUGUGUCGGCUUACUAGCGCUGCUACUUCUCCUCUACAGCUGUUGCUAUGCCUUCAGGAUCCGCGAGCACGCCGGUCAAACGGCCCUCACGUCCGCGGAGCAAACGCGUCACACCGCUUGCGCUUCCAUGUUUGGCAGAUGCCAGCAGAAGACGACCGCGACAACGUCGACUGCACGAAAGUGGCACGAUACGUCAGCAUCCUCGCGGCUCGCCACCACUCGCAAACCACCUGUCGAGGUGACGUCGACCCACGAUGACCACGAUGACGACGAUGACGACGAUACAGGGACAGAGGGGGUACGCUCGAGGGUGGAAAGAACCGGACGUGCGACCGAUCGGCUCGCCGGUGAUUCCGCGGGAAACGGCGCUCGAGUCGAUGACCAGGAUGAUGAUGAAGAGGAGGAGGUGAUUGUGGAGGUGGAGGAAGACACUGACGAGGAUGUCGCGAGCGAUGAACAAGUAGCAGAGGAUUCUGGUGAUGAUGAUGAUGAUGAUGAUGAUGAUGAUGAAGACGAAGAUGAAGACGAAGAUGAUGAAGACGAAGACGAAGAUGAAGAAGAAAUAGCCCCUACUCCUCCACCGAGGAAACUAGAGAAAGUCAGACACGCGGACAAAGAUAAGAUUAAGUCUGCAGAAACCGUACCACCAGCCCCUGUUUUAGAGAAACCGAAGGUUCGAAGCAAAGAAUCAUCCGAGACAGCAAAGAAACCCGAAGAAACCGCAAAGAAACCUGAAGAACCAGCAAAGAAACCUAAAGAAUCAGUAAAGAAACCUGAAGAACCAGCAAAGAAACCUGACAGCCCGAAAAUAUCAAUCGAAAUCCCGAAGAAAGUCGAAUCCGCCAAGAUAACGAAACCUGAAGCCGAAUCAAAAGCUAAGACAACGAAGCAGUCGGAGGAAAAGGCGAAGGUUCCUGUAAAAUCGGUGCCGAAAGCACAAGAACCAGCAAAGAAAGAAGAAGAAGGAAAAGUGAAAAGCGUAACGACUAAACCCGCGGGAGUUAAACGAUCCGAUAAAGAUGAGUCAAAAUCAAAAACGAAAACGCGGGUGCAAGCACCUCUUACCUUGGCUCAAUUGAACGAUGCGAUUCUACGAGUGCCGACCUUCCUGCCAAAUUUCACGGGCAUCGAAGAUUUCGAGUGUCAGCAGCACGGCAAGAUCUUCCUGCGACAGUUAAGGGGUUAUAAAUUAUGGGCCCUGCAAAUGUUAGAUUCGAGUGCAAAAAUCCCAUCGGGAUUGUUGAGGGGAAACGUCAACCAGCUUGGAGAUUUUGACGAGUGUUUGGGGAUAAUGGCACACGUGAAAUUGGACGACAAGACCAUAAAGGUGCAGGGCAAAUAUUGUUUGGCCAGUAUAGAUUUGUACCCGGCUCGUCCGGACAUGAAGCUUCCGGUUAAUAUGAUGCAGGCUCGUGCUUUUGUACGAGGAAGCAUGCAUGACUCUGGCCAUUUUAUUCCAAAAUUCACAACAGUGAACUGGGCAUUGUGUCUCCCAGCAGCAUGUACCGCGGAAGAUGCACAAGUCGUGCUGGAACAAGCAUUGAGCGAGUACAAUUCUACCAUAGGAAUUAAAUUCACUGUGGACGUUGAUCCUAACAUGUGUUACGUCAAACAGAAGUUACGAAGUUAUUCGAAAGAAACGAUUGGCGUUUUAUACUUUUAUGCAAUGGUGAUUUGUCUGGUCAUCGUAGCAACUGUGAGAGACUAUUUAGUGAUAUCAGAAGGAAAAGGGAAUUAUUCAGAGAGAAUAAUAAUGUCCUUUUCCUUACGAAGAACUAUAAAAUCUUUAUUGAGAAAAGAAUCGAACGAAACAGAAAUCACGUGCAUUCACGGGAUAAGAACGCUCGUAACGAUCAUCCUUUAUAUUGCUCAUCAACUUAUACCGAUUGCAAGGUUACCAUUGUCUAAUCGAAUUGAACUUACGGAGGUGGCGAAUAAUCCAAUUAGCUCUAUCUUAAGGGUGUCAAUGGUUUAUACCGACUCCUUUUUAUUACUCAGCGGUGUUUUAACUGCUUACAAUAUGGCGCAUGAAUUUAAAGUGCGCGGUGAAAUCCGCUGGUUUUGUCGCUUUAUCGCAAGAUAUAUUAGACUCACUCCAGCGUUACUAGCCGUGGUGUUUUGGUAUGCGUUCGUAAUGGAACACACGGGAUCGGGACCACAAUGGAACAGCAUCAUACUGCCAAACGCCGAGCUUUGUAAGAGCAACGCGUGGACGAAUUUACUGUAUAUACAAAAUUUCUUUCCUUUCGAAGAAAUGUGUGCUACUCAUACACAUCAGUUGGCAUUGGAUAUGCAACUGUCGUUGUUAGCCCCAAUGUUGGUAUUUUUCUUAGAAUUUAAGCCGAUAGUCGGAACUAUUUUGAUGUUCUUCUUCAUCUUAUUAUCAGCCACGCUUCGUUAUGUAGCGACGAUGAAUAAUUAUCUUUCUCUCGUGAUUUUUCACGGAAUGUCGUUGAAGCAUCUUUACAGAACCGCAAAUUUAAUUUAUGCAUUACCAUUGCAUAGAGCUACACCAUACGUGUUUGGCGUAACUCUUGGUGUGCUGCUACGUAAUACCGGAAAAGACGUCAGGAUCCACAAAGUGUUGGUGAUCUUGGGAUGGUUAAUCGCGAUGGCCUUGGGAUCGUGGUCGUUAUUUUCACCCUGGCACUUGGCCAGGAGGGACUACGUGUACGAUGCUGAAGAAGCAACCCAUUACGCUGUAAUCAGUCCAGUCGUGUGGGCUCUGGCUUUGUGUUGGCUCAUAUUUGCAUGCUACACGAAUCAUGGAGGUCCAAUAAACAGAUUCCUUUCGAGCCAGUGGUUGGUGAUCUUCAGCAGAAUAUCGUACGCAGUCUAUUUGACGCAAUUCACAGUAUUUUUCUACAAGGUUGGGACCACCAGAUACUCCAGCGAGUUUCAACUUCAUAGAGCCUUCGACUCAGUGGAAGCAACCACGGUCGUAGCCGUAUCGGUAGUCGUCACCCUGUUCUUCGACAUCCCGAUGCAAGAGAUAAAGAACGUGGUAAUGGAAAGUACCGACGUCCUGGCAACGGAAGUCUCCUCCAAAGAUCCGUCCACUGUUCCAAAUGAAGAGAAGAAGUCAGCGAAGCUGGCGACAGAGGAGAAGAAGGUGUUCGAAGAGGACGAGGUGUCCUCGACAGGGUGGGACUGGCAGAGAGACAUAGUGGACGGUGGUGUAAAGUACAGCGCCGAUGCGUUGGAAGACGAAGAGCGAGUGGACAUGCCAUUCCUGAAGAAACCAGUUGCCCGAAGGAGAUCGUUCAUAGGUCAGGAUUCGUCAGGGCCGGAGGAGGGUAUCCCAGCGUGGGAGUGGAUCAAGGAAUCGAACAAAAGAUUAUCCAGGGAAGAGGAGGAGGAGGAGUAUCGAAGAAGAGGAAGACGUAGCAGAAGCAGUCAAAGGGAUUAUCAGGAGGAGGGAAGGGAUGCGUUGGAUCUUUCGAGGAUGCAACAGGAGCGAGAAGAAGCUAUCAAGCGAGGCAGACGCUCGCUCUCGAGGAGUCUCGACGCUAAGAGAUUGUCAACACGUGAGAGCGAGGGAGAUGAGGAGGGCGAGGAGGAGGAGGAGGAGGAUCCAAGACGUUACAGAGGAAGAUCCGAAUCCAGAGGGAGAUCCGUGAUUAGGGAAUCGGACGAUUAUCGUUCGUGGGAGUUGGUCGGUAAGGAACGUUCAUCCUCGGCAGGUCCGGACUCUAAAAGGCUCUUCAGCAAAUCGGAGGAACGCGAACCUGCGCAAAGACAAACAAGAGCCCAUCCUCCGCACGGCAGGCGAACCUUCUCCUCGGAGAGCGAGGACGAGCUUUCCUCGCAGCGUAGGAAAAUUGAGAAAAGACAUCCACCGGCGGAGCCGAGGAUAAGCGACGAGGAGGAUUGGGAGGGCGAGCUGAGGAUACGUAGGAAACAGUUUAUGGAGAAGCUCGCGACGCAGCAGCGGACCGGCGACUACUACGACGAGGAAGAUUUCGCUUCUCUGAGAAGGAGAUCAUCGGCGGAGGGGAAGAUAGCCUUGCUGAAGGAUCCUUCGGCGAACGACAACAUGGAUUCGUGGACGAUCAGCGUGGGCUCGCGAGUGGCGCAGCUCGGUUCGUCCCAGGAACGAAGCGAGCCUGAAGAGGAUAUUUAUACACGACGAAGGGAGUACCGCGAGAGUGCUCCACCACCCAGAGAGGACAUCCAGAGCGAGGAAGACACUUGGGACGAGUCGCGAAGAAUAUCGUACACCAGCAGCAGUCAGAUAACCUCGGUAGAAGAGGACGAGGACCUCUUCGUCCUGACUAAAGAAAGCAAGAGGAUAUCGGUGCAGGACCUGUCCAACCUGUCCCCGGACGACCCUGACUUGGCAGACUCAGGGUGGAACGUGGUGAAGAACGAGAACGAAGGUGCGCCCAAGUCUGGCUCCAUGGGGCUGUUCAAAAGGGAGUCCAUCGUAAAGAGCCAGGCCAGUGAGGAGGAUCCGGAGUACCUCCUCCCGGAGAGGCCCAAGUUGGUCCAGCAGGAACGGGAGCAUCCUUUCAAGAAAGCUUGGCAGAUGCAGAAGUCCAGAUCGGAGGAAGACGGUUCUGCCUAUAUUAUUAAAGAGUCCAAGGAGGCGAAAUUGAAGAUGGAAGACACUCCAGAGCUGAAGAAAGUACACAGCGGGGAACAAUACGAAGACAUAGGCUCGUUCGCUGAUGACGAAUCCGAGUCUAUCAGUUUAGCGCGUAGCAGAAGUACCGAUACUGAAGAGAACACCAGGACCAGCUCGAAAUCUGAAGAAACAGAGUCAACGGAGCGGAGCGACAGCACGAGCAUCGAGGGUAACAAAGCUAAUUCGAGAUCAUCGGACGUGGAUGAGGACACUCUGAGAUUUAAUUGGCCGUCUGAGGAGGAACGGUUGGAUGUUUAUAAAACAGUAGCGAGGAGCAAAUCGGAGGAGGUGGAGUGGAGCUGGGAACGGGAGCAGACUUGACGAGAAAUAGAUAAUAAACGUAAAUAUAACGAGCUGAAUUAUUCGACGGGGAAAAAGAAAUUGUUCGGGAUCGUUGAGGAUGACGCAGAUCCUGGGAGAGACGACGAUCGAUACGUGUAUUUGUAUUGUCUUUUGAAAUAUACUGUCUGUUUAAAAUAAACGUAGACACUGUUGUUUUA